CAAAGCCUUGUUGUGUGGGGCUCCCACGUUAACAGGAGAGCACUGGAUCAAAGCAUGUGAGCUCACUCACUUCAUCCAGAAACAGGUCAGGCCAGCCCAGGUAAUUCAGGAAGCAGCCCCAUAAUUAUUCACAGCAGAGAGCAGGUAGUGUCCGAUUACACUACUCCAGUUGAAAGUCAGAAGGUCAACGCUUACACCAUAACCGACGCAGCUGGAAAGAGUCCGGGGGCCCCCGGUUAAAGAGAAAUAGGAAAAUGGGAGAGAACGAAGCCAGUUUACCUAAUACCUCGGUCCAAGGUAAAAAGAUGGCCUAUCAAAAGGUGAAUGCAGAUCAGAGAGCCACGGGACAUUCUCAGUACUUAGACAGUGAUGACCUUCAGGCCACUGCCCUUGACCUGGAAUGGGACAUGGAACAGGAGUUGGAGGAGCCUGGUUUUGACCGUUUCCAGCUCGAUAGUGCUGAGAACCAGAACCUGGGGAAUUCAGAAACUGCCGACCUGGAUCUCGAUUCCAUUCAGCCAGCUACAUCCCCCAAAGGAAGGUUCCAGAGACUUCAGGAGGAUUCAGACUACAUGACCCGGUACCCAAGGGCAACACCAAAGAGCAACCACUGUAAUAUUUUCCGCUUCUCCAAAAUUUUUUGCACUCUGACCCUCUUAUUUAUUUUGGGGAUUGUGAUUGGAUACUAUGCGCAUAAAAAAUGCCCUUCCCAGGAUCCUUCUCCAGGGAUAUCAGAUCCUCAUCUGUACCAGGAGAUCCUUAAGGAGAUCAAAGCAGAAGACAUCCAGAAGCUUUUCAGGCAUUUGAUACAAUUAACUAAAAGUGGAGAUGACACAGAAUUUUCAGAGAAGCUCAAGGCUCAGUGGACUUCUCAUGGCCUAGAAGAGGUACAGCUUUUCAAUUACUCUGUCCUGCUUAGCUUGCCGGGCUCUUCUCCAAAUACGGUGACUCUGAACAACAGCAGCCAAUGCUUUUAUCCUAAUGGCCAGCCAUGUGACCAAGGACUCAGCAAGGAUCCCAGCCAAGGACCGCUGUACUCAUAUGCUACCUACUCUGCCAGAGGAACUCUCGAGGCUGAAGUCAUUGAUGUGAUGUAUGGAACUGUCGAAGAUGUAACCCGGAUUCGAGUGAUGAAAAACGUGACCAAUAAGAUUGCCCUUUUAAAACUAGGAAAACUCCCUUUACUCUACAAGCUUUCGCUAUUGGAAAAAGCUGGAUUUGGAGGCGUUCUUCUUUACAUUGAUCCUUGUGAUUUACCCAAGACUAUCAACCCUAGCCACAGCCCCUUCAUGGUUUCACUGAAUCCUGGAGGAGACCCUUCUACACCUGGUUAUCCCAGUAUUGAUGGGAGCUUCAGAGAAAGCCGGACGGACCUCACGCGUUUGCUGGUGCAGCCCAUCUCUGCGUCUCUUGCUGCCAAACUGUUUGCUUUGCCCAAGGAGCGAGGUCAGACUGGCGCCUGCAAGCCUCUGCAGUUCCCACAGGAUGAAAUCAGAAUCGUGACAAUGAAAGUUCAGACAGUCACAGAAUACAAGAAACUCACCAAUGUUGUUGGUUAUCUCAAAGGAGCUUCAUUUCCUGAUCGGUAUGUCAUCGUGGGCAGCCACCAUCAUAAUCCUUAUGGUUACAAUGGACAAGAAUGGGCAAGUGGAACCGCCAUCAUCACAGCAUUUAUCCAGGCCUUGAUGCUAAAAGUGAAAAGAGGCUGGCGACCCGAUCGGACCAUCAUCCUAUGCUCAUGGGGAGGAACAACAUUUGGAAAUGUUGGCUCCUACGAAUGGGCAGAGGAUUUCAAGAAAGUGCUUCAGAAAAAUGUUGUCGCUUAUGUCAGCCUUCAUAAUCCUAUAAGGGGUAACUCCAGCCUGCAUCCUAUCGCAUCUCCUUCUCUUCAACAAUUGGUGGCAGAGAAAAAGAAUUUCAACUGCUCUUGGAGAACAAAGUGCCCAGAAGCCAACCUCAGUUCUGUGCAGAUGCAAGGAGAUGGAGAUUUCUUCAUCAACCACCUUGGAACCCCCAGUUUGCAGGUUUUCUAUGAGGACAUCAAAGCAUUAGAGGGUCCGAGUUUUCUCUCUGAGGCCCUUUUUCCUGUGCGGCUUGCAGAAAUUGAAGAAUUGGAUCCUUUCUUCAACCUUCAUGAAACUAUUGCAAAGCUCUCAGGAGAAGUGAUUUUGCAAAUUGCCAAUGAUCCAGUUCUGCCCUUUAAUGCUCUGGAUAUAGCAUUAGAAGUUCAAAACAGCCUUAAAGGUGACCAUGCCCACAUGUUCCAGCUGCUGGAGAUGGCUUCCCGCCUGAGGGACAGUGCAGAAUUGUUCCAGUCAGAUGAGAUGCGCCCUGCUAAUGAUCCCGAGGAGAGAGCCCCUGUUCGAGUCAGGAUGCUGAAUGACAUUCUCCAAAACCUGGAGAAGAAUUUCUUAGUACAGCAGGUGCCUCCAGGUUUUUACCGAAACAUUCUAUACAGGCUGGAUGAGAAGACCCACCAGUUUUCCAUACUCCAUGAAGCUUGGGAACAUGAAAAGUUACAUCUGUCAAAUGAGACCCUUCAAGUAGCACUGUCCAAGGUGCUGAAUAGCAUCAAUUCAGCUCAGGUUUUCUUCAAAGCAGGACUUGAUGUAUUUGAGAGUGGCUUGUUGGGGAAGAACUGAGAAAAUUAUCAGCAUUUUAAAAGAAAGUUUGUUUACAAUUCAGCAAACAAAAGCUCUACUCUGACCAGGAUUUCUGUGAGGUUGAAGGCUUUUUUUCAAUAGGUUUUCAACUGUUGUCUAAAAGUACUAUUAUGUGUUUUAAAAUGUAUGUGAAAAAGAGCCUUUUGCACAUUUACUAUUUUUCAUACACCUACAUUUUGAAAUGUGUAAGAGCAAGUUAUAGGAUUAACACUUAAGAUUUAUCUUUUAGAAAGAAAUCUGCUGUAUUUUUAUAUACAUAUUGAAAAAAAUACUAUGUUUUGGGGACUGAAGCCCAAAAAGUUCUGGACAAUCUUUGCUCCUGUGGAUGAAACAUAGGAAUGUUAUUUAUCUCCUACAUGUAAGCACUAUUAGUGACCCAGUUUCUAAAAUAGAAAUGGAGAAUUGAUAAAGUUGCAGUUUAAUUUCAAUGGUAAGUGUUUUUUAUGAAGAAUUCAGCUGUUUCAACUGAGUGACCAGUUGACCAAAAACUCCUUUGAAUGUUUCUGUUUGUGAAAUGAAGUGCCUGAUUUUAACACAACUAGAUGUAGUAAUACACUGGUUACAAAAAUAAAGUUUUCAAGUGUUACCAAUCAAAGAGCCAUAAACAGUCUAGGGAAACUCUUAAGGUAUAUCUGCACAGAACAAUUUAAAUGCAAAUUUUCCCUAAUAAGAUACAUAGUAAAGCUUUGAAUCUUCACAUUUUUUCUCAGUCGAGUUUGUAAGAAUGUAAGGAAAGGCACAAAUCUCUGAAACAGAAGAAUAUAUGGGGAUGCUGGACGAAACCAUUGUUACCUCGGGCUCCCUUUAAAAAGGACUCAUUACUCAGUGUUCUUCUUAUUUGUAGCUUGAGCAACCUUGUUGUGAGGCAUUUUCCCAAACAAGUCAAAAGUACUUUUAUAGAAAUGAAGACCAAGUUUCUUUUGGAAAACAUAAAUAUUUUAGAAAGAAGAAAGUUCCUUUUUCCAUCACUAAAGAAAAGUGGAUUUUGGGGGAUGAACAUGAUUGCUCUGACCCAGUGAAAAUUUUAUUAAUUUUUAAUGAAGGAAAUUUUAGUAAUGGUUCCUCCAACCUUAUCUGACCUUCUUAAUGGUAGCAAUAGGUGUUGAUGACAUCAAACGUGACUUUGGACAGGAGAAUGUAAUUUAGGGUACAGUGGUUCUGGUACUGGCUCACUGUGGGAAAAGGGUAAGUUUUAUAGAUAGGCUUUAUCUUUCCUCUCCCACAUCCUCUCACCCUUUUAGAGCAACUUCCACUUUGAACUACUGUAGGAAAAGCAAUUUUGUAGACUAGAUCUGGCUAUAGAUGAACAUAACAACUCCUAAAUCCACUAUUCUCCAUAAUCUUCUAUCACGUAACAUUUUAAACCUCUACAGUAUUCUCUUAGUCUAUUUGAAAAAUGUAUUUCUGAUAUCAGAUAAACUGAUUCCAUUUGAAAACCUAUUUUCAGACUAUUUCUUGUCAAUUUCUUAUGCCUAAUGAAACACCCUUGUUUCACAUGUCACUUCAUAUCAGAUAUCCAACCCUCAGAUUUACUAGUUUAGCAUUUGGUUGAUGCCAUGUUCUUGAAAGCCUAUAGGUUUUGAUUUCCUAGUCUUUUAUUUCUAUUUUUCCAUAUUUUUAGGUUAAAAAAUCACUAGGAAAAGAUAAUAGUCUGAAUUACAGGUAAAAAUGUGAAGAAAAGUUAAUUAUUAUUGAUUGAUUCAAUGAUAGGAAUCAAAAUGUCAUUUCCACAGUCUUUAUAUGAUGAAAAAAAAUUUCAACAAACAUUUACUAAAAGCAUACUAUGUUCAAAUAAAUGAUACUCAAAGACAAAAGGGAAUAAUUCCUAUCUUUAAGGAGCCUUUAUUUUAGAGUCUACUGGGAAACUACAGAAUUUGAGGCAGUUAGUUGAAGAAUUCAGUCCUUAAAGGGCAAUUGCAAUAAAAAUUAUCUCAGUAAAUCCAUUUUAUUUUAAGAAUUACUUCCUCCUUGCAAAGUAUUUUCUAAAUGUUUUCCUUCUGAAAUAUUUGUUUCUGCCAUAUUGGAGGAGUUUUCCAUAUGGAAGACCUAGAGGCUUGCCAAGGCAGGUUCCCUCCUUAUAUUAUCUUCAGUUCCUUUACUUGUUCUUCCAAGAUAAACAUUACAGCACAAGGGGAGACACAAGCUCAGGACACCUGGGGCCAAACAGUGUAGAACAUUUUAGAAACACUCUCUUUGUGCAGGUAUUUCUUAAAUAUUUAAUCAGGUUUCAAGGCAAACCUUCCUAGUCUUUCUAUAGAGAAGCAGUUUUUUGUUUGUUUUGUUUUCAUUUUGUAUUUCAGAUUGAAAAUCUCUCCCAUUCCUGACUUAUCUCUAAAUAAAUGUGUUAAUCCUUUAAA